GGUUUCAAUUUUCGAUUUUACAUAUUAAGAUACCUAUAUCGGCUAUAUCAAUGGUCUUCGGAAAACAAAACGGUGCAAGAUCCAAAUGCUGGAUGGCUGGCUACAGAGACGCUCGUCAAGAUCAACGUCUUUAAAAACGCAUUUUGGACGACUGCGCGGUAUGACCGCCAUGGUCAGACGGUUAGUGGUACAGGUGCAGGCGGUGAGCAGUAUCGAUAAAGGUGGUGGUGAUAUAUGUAUUUGUAGUAUUUGUACAGAAGACCGUUCACAGUGAGUUGCAUGAAAAAAAAAAAUUCACUAAUGUUGGAAUGGAACAACAGCUAUUUCCGGACACGGUGUAGAAUGUGUAGAUAGAUGUGCGACAUCAGCGGCGACCGGAUACAGACAUGAGUGAUGAGUAUUGAGUACACGACCGGCAAGGGCGGCAAGGCGAGUAUUACGUAGCGUAUCAGAGCAGUAUAUUAAUAAUAAUGGUCUUCAACGGAAAAAUGCCGAGGAUAUCUCUAAUACAUACAUACAAAGAAUGGUUUGGAAAUCUAAUGAAAUAGUUUUGGACUUAGGAUGUGGACCAGGCGAUGUAACCUCAGAUAUUCUUUAUCCUUUAUUAAUGAAUAAUAUCAAUCAGUUGAUUGGUGUUGAUAAAUCAAUAGAAAUGGUAAAAUAUGCUAAAAAAACAUAUGAACGCUCUAAGAUGAGUUUCGAAGUUCUGGAUAUUGAAAAUACCAACGACUGCUCUUUUUAUUCACAUAAAUUUAACAAAAUAUUUUCAUUCUUUUGCUUUCAUUGGGUUCGUAAUAAAGCUGAUUCCUUGAGUAAUAUGAAUUUAAUGUUGAAAAGUGGUGGAGAAAUUUUGAUUAAUUUUAUGUUAACCAAUCCAUUUGCUGAAUUGUAUACAUCUGUGGAUCCAGAAUGGCUAAAAUAUGUUAAAGAUAUAAAAUAUAAGUUCCAUAAUUUGUAUUCACAAGAUGAAAUGAGAGAAAUUUUUAUCAAGGCUGGAUUUCGAAUUAUUCAUUUAGAAUCAAAUGUCAAAAAAUAUACAUUUUCAGACCUAUCAUCAUUUUUAAAUACCAUUAAAGCAGCAGACGAUAUGUACACUUUAUUGCCACAACACUUACAUGACAGAUACUCCUUGUAUAUUAAAGAAAAAAUAUGUGAAAUACAAGCAGUUGAAAUAUGUCCAAUUACAGGAGUAACAACUUUAUCAUAUAAUCCUAUUACUGUACAUGCGAUCAAAGAUUAAAAUUUAAAACUGGAAUAUUAAAUAUUGUAAUACUUGUGGUUACUUUAUAACUUGACUUUAUUAAGAAAUUAGAAUAAUAAAGUAAAAUGCCUUAUUUA